CACCCAUUAGCCCGCAGUGAACACGUUUCGUCUCGUCCCGGCGCGGAGCUUUUUAAGCCUCACAAGGGAGCCUGCUGCAGGCCUCAGACUUCACUCCUCAACCUCCCUCAUCAUGGCCCCUCCAGGAUUUGCCCCACCGGGGUACACCAAAGAAGGCAUCCCCACGCGCUAUAUGAACAAGCCAGCUCCGCCGCCGGGCGUCGAUACCAAUGGUCGCGCCUACCUCGUCUUCUUCGGCUAUCUGAGUCUUUGCUUCUCGUUAACUGUGUUCAUCAUCCUCAAGCUCGUGAAGAGCUAUACCAGACUAUCUAAAUCCACAACUGCACGACCACCGCCAAGGGGAUAUGUGCGGCUGUUUGCUGGUCUCGCUGCAGGCAGCUUACUCACAACUUGGUGGUAUAUGCUUCAGUACUUCAGGACCUCAUACCAAGCAUGGCUCAUGUGGCGGUCAUACUACGAUCUCGAGCCGCAUCAAAGGCAUUGGGGACUGUGGCUGAAAGAAACGUCGCUGUUCAAGGAGGCUUGGGAAAUUGCAAUUGUGGGCAACGCGCGGUACUGGUGGACACACCAGAUAUUCUUCUUUGCUUGCGGCCUCGGGCUGUACUUGGAGCAGAAAGGGAUCCGUCGAGGCAUCAAGCACACCUGGGCAUUCAUGCUGCUGGGUCAAAUCGUCGCCAUCAGCUUCGCCACGAACCUCUUCCUCCUUGCUCUUCUUCUGAGCCCGCCACCACCGCCACCACCCUCGUCGGCCGGGAUCUAUAGGAAGAAGUGGCUCGGCCCGUGGCUCAUAAGCCUGCUCACGAUCAUAGCAGCCGAAUGGCCAGCUUAUAUGCUCGCCGACGAGCACUAUUGGUACCAUAGGACCCAGUUCGUGUCGAUGCUCCUGACCCCACACAUUGCUCUCCUUAUUCUACCCUUCGCCCGCGCCAUCAUCCCCGAAAAAUAUCUCACCGACUCGAAUGUGGAGCUUGUGGGCGACGUUUACAGGUAUCUAUGGGUCGCGACUAUUGUUGGUGGUGGGAUGAUGUUCGUACGGGUGACCGGUUUAGCCUGGAGUUACAGUGGCGUCUGGGGCAUCUACGACCAGCUAUGGGAGCACCCAGCUGUCAGCAGUGUCGCAUUUGACGUGAUAUUUUGCUGGAUUUCAUGGUACAUGUGGUGGAAGAUACAGAGGCAAAGCGGCAAAGAUGUACCUGGGGCAGAGGAGGCGGAUAAGGAAGGCGAAUGGGUUGCCGAGAGCUCCGGGACGACGGCCGCGGGGGCACGAGAGGAUGACAGCGGGGUGCGCAGACGCUGAAAGGACUCGCGGAGGAGAAAUAGGUCCAGCUUGAAAUUGAGCUUGAGAGCUCGAUGGCGAUCUCGUUCGGCGAGAUGUGAAUGAGGAGACGAAGAUCUCGUAUCGGGCAUGGGCGUGCAGAGAUUCAUAGAGUGUGUCAGCGUCCAACACCUAAGACCCACCAUAAUAGAAUCAUAUUAAAAGUCCUAUUCUCCGCUCAAGUAUUCUUCUGCCUGAUUCCCUUCCAGUAUCCAUCGAUACUAUGCCCGCGUUCGUCAUUGCUUGUAGGCGUUGCUACCCACGAAGCGGAAGAGCAAUCCAAUUCAUCACGAAAAGACUGAAGGCAGUGGUACGGUUGUCUCAAGCUCAUUGAGAUACAACCUACCACAG